AGAAGAGAUUGGACACCUGAUUUCGGUGGGGUGUCUUCGCUGAAGCGCUGUUUCGUGUUUUAAGUCAGUCAACCUGUAAUCUUUUUUUUUCUUUAAAGGGGGCCGUUCGGCACAGCGGGGGCGCACACCGCGGAUUAUUAUCAGCGCGGGCAAAUGGGGGGAGAGAAAGAGGACAGAUCGCUGCGUUGACUUUUGAAGCGACGCGCGAGUCCUGACGCUAUAGCGUUACGCAUUUAUUUUCCUGUGAGUUCAUUUUCCCCCCCUCUCUCGUUCUCCCUCUCUCCUUCCCGUGUUUGGGUCGCACUCGCUGCUGCGUCUCCGCCUGAUUAAAAAAAAGAAGAAAAGAAAAAGUCAAAUAUUCCGUGGAGAAGGAAACAUAGCAGGGGUGUUGUCAGAGAGGGAUGAGAGGAGGAGGAGGAGGAGGGGGCCAGUAUGAGGUGUGCUUUUUUUGGAAAAGCCGGAGAAAGACGGACACCGAGAAGGUGUGCUGAUGUGCGGAAGCCUGCGACUGCGUUGCUCUCCUGAGAAAUAAUUGCGAGCCGGGGAGAAAUGGCCUAGUUAGGAGAUCAUCGACACGCCGACGGAGGAUAGAAAAGAAGAAUCGUGCUUAGAUGGACGGGCCAUCAUCACCAUCAUCAUCCUCUUCUUCAUCUUAAUUCUGGUGCUUGCAUCGCGUCUUUUAGGUUUAAUUGGUAUCCCAGCUGCAGCUCUGGACCCUUCAGGAGCUCCAAAGAGGAAGACAUAUGAGACCACAGAGUCUACUGGAGAAUGCUGUCUGGCCCUCAACCUCACCAUGGCGCUCUAGGAACACCGUUAACCUGCCCCCUUCCACCAAUCCUCUUUUUGCCUUUGUCAUCCCCCAUAUCCCACUGAGUUUGUGAUCCCUUUCUGCUCCCAGCUGAAGUCCCUUUGAUAUGAGUACAAGAGCUUUUAUUUUGGACAUGUUGUUUUUUCCAUUCAGCGCUGCCAGCCACCAGGGCUAUGGCGGCAAGCAUCACUAUUCUACUCAGCAGGUUGCUAAUCACUGUCUGGUGUGGCUCUUGGGACUAGUGCUGCACCUGACGAUUUCCUCGUGUCAACGAGUUGACCUGAAACACCCCAUAGUAUCCACGAGUUACGGAAAGGUCCGUGGUAUCAGGAAAGAGCUCAACAAUGAAAUCUUGGGCCCAGUGGAACAGUAUUUAGGUGUGCCAUAUGCCACCGCACCUAUUGGCGAGAGGCGCUUCCAGCCUCCUGAAGCCCCAGGUUCCUGGCAAGAGAUUCGCAAUGCCACUCAUUUUGCGCCUGUGUGUCCUCAGAAUGUGCACGGGGUGCUUCCUGAGAUCAUGUUACCAGUGUGGUUCACAGACAACCUGGAUGCUGCAGCCACCUAUGUUCAGAACCAGAGUGAGGACUGCCUUUACCUCAACAUUUAUGUCCCCACUGAAGAUGGUCCGCUCACAAAAAAACACGAUGAGUCUUCAAUGAACAGACCCAGGGAUGAAGAUAUUCGGGAUCGCCGUAAGAAGCCUGUGAUGCUCUUCAUCCAUGGAGGCUCCUACAUGGAGGGCUCAGGGAACAUGUUUGAUGGUAGUGUCCUUGCUGCCUAUGGAAAUGUCAUCGUGGUCACUAUGAACUAUCGGCUUGGCGUGCUCGGGUUUCUGUGCACCGGGGAUCAGUCUGCUAAGGGGAACUAUGGCUUGUUGGACCAGAUCCAAGCCUUGCGUUGGCUCAAUGAAAACAUCGGCCACUUUGGAGGAGACCCAGAGAGAAUCACAAUCUUUGGCUCUGGAGCUGGUGCCGCCUGUGUGAACCUUCUCAUCCUCUCCCACCACUCCGAGGGGCUGUUCCAGAGGGCCAUUGCUCAGAGUGGCUCAGCCAUCUCCAGUUGGUCGGUGAACUACCGACCGCAGAUUUAUACCAAGAUCCUGGCCAAGAAGGUUGGCUGCACCACAGGGGACAAUGCAGAGUUGGUGGACUGUCUGCGUAGGAAGAGUUUCAGGGAGCUGGUGGACCAAGACAUCCAGCCUGCCCGAUACCACAUCGCCUUUGGUCCUGUGGUAGAUGGGGACGUGGUACCUGAUGACCCUGAGAUCCUCAUGCAGCAGGGCGAGUUCCUCAACUACGACAUACUGCUGGGUGUCAACCAGGGAGAGGGCCUGAAGUUUGUGGAUGACAGUGAAGGAGAAGAUGGAAUAUCAGCUGCCUCAUUUGACUAUACUAUCUCCAACUUUGUGGACAAUCUGUAUGGAUACCCCGAUGGUAAAGAUAUCCUCAGGGAAACCAUAAAGUUCAUGUACACAGACUGGGCUGACAGAGACAACAGCGACAUGCGCAGGAAGACCCUCCUGGCUCUGUUCACAGACCACCAGUGGGUGGCCCCAGCUGUCGCCACUGCCAAACUCCACGCUGAGUUCCAGUCACCUGUCUACUUCUAUACUUUCCACCACCACUGUCAGACCGAGGCGAGGCCAGACUGGGCAGAUGCUGCCCAUGGAGAUGAGAUCCCCUAUGUGUUUGGGAUUCCCAUGGUGGGGGCCACUGACUUGUUUCCUUGUAACUUCUCCAAGAAUGACGUAAUGCUCAGUGCUGUUGUGAUGACAUAUUGGACCAACUUUGCCAAGUCAGGAGACCCUAACCUACCAGUUCCUCAGGACACCACGUUCAUCCACACUAAGCCUAACCGAUUUGAGGAGGUCAUCUGGACCAAGUUCAGCUCCAAGGACAAGCAGUACUUGCAUAUUGGCCUGAAGCCCCGUGUCAGAGAUAACUACCGCGCUAACAAGGUGGCUUUUUGGCUGGAGCUGGUACCGCACCUCCACAGCCUUCACGAGGAAAUCAUUAACUCCAUCACCACCCGUCUGCCACCUGGAGGCACCAGCCGCUGGAAGGCCCCUCAUCCUGGCACUCGCUCAACACGGCACCCUGUGGUCUCUACCUACCCGCCGGAUCCUGACCCUGACAGUUCAGAGAGGCCCCGCUAUCCUCCCUUCCCCAGCGAGACGAGGGACUACUCCACCGAGCUGAGCGUAACGGUAGCUGUCGGCGCUUCGCUUCUUUUCUUGAACGUGCUGGCCUUUGCCGCACUUUACUAUAAGCGGGACAAGCGCCAUGAACUCAUGCAGAGACGCCACCGCCGACUCUCCCCGCAACGCGGCACGACAAUGGGCAUGGGUGUUGGCAUGGGAGUCGUAGGGGCCCCACCGCACAACGACCUAGCGCUGAGUCAGGAGGAGGAGCUAAUGUCACUGCAGAUGAAACAGCAGAGGGUGGAGCUAGAGCAUGGGACCCCCUUACCGUCCCGCGGUGUCCACGGCGACCUGGAACCGCUGCGGCCUCCCGUGUGCCCACCUGACUACACGCUGGCCCUGCGGCGAGCGCCCGAAGAUGUGCCACUGAUGACAGCUAACACCAUUACCAUGAUCCCCAGCACCAUUAGCAGCAUGCAGCCCCUUCACCCCUUCAACACUUAUCCCCCUGUCCCAGCCCCGUCUACUACACCCGUCCCCAGCCACAGCAACAAUGCUCUGCCACACCAACACUCCACCACCCGUGUAUAGGACCAGGCACAAGCUCUGCUACCCCACUCUGGGCUUACAGAGAUGCACCACACAAACUGCUCCAUCCAAACUCCACCUUCUCUUCUUCUUUACUCUACUUUUCUCUUUUCUCAUUAAGCCCUCAACUAAAGCUGCAGUUUGUAAGAUACGAAGCAGUGAAAUACCUCUAAACUGUAACCGUAACUCAAGGUGGGGGGGAGACUUGAUUAAGAAAGGUCCUUUGCCAAAACACCGUCAUACUAGAUGCAUACCGCUUUUCCCCGUCAACGCGCUUUCAACAUCUGGUGCUUUGGAGAGCCACCAAACACGCAGCUUUAAGCUUGUAGCUCUUGCAGGGGUUCUCAGGCUCAUCAACAAUCAGUCAGACAUGUAUUGUGGUAGCUCGGUUGUUUUGCGCAUGUGUUGUUGUGUCAGUGUAAAAACUAUGUUUAACGCCGAAUGCAAAUAUUCAUUUUCACUCAUUUAGCAAAAAAGAUAAAACAGUAGCGAGCAGCUUUGUUUGAGGCAACAUAUGUCCCGACAAGCUGCCUGUCAUGAAGCGUUGAUUCCCUGAAACUUACAAAUUGCAGCUUUAAAGGCCCAAUCUGGAAGUGAAAUUUGGCACCCUGUGUUUAGCACUCUGUCCCAACAGCUGUCCCUCCAUUGUGAUUUUUGGGGAUUAUUGUUUAGCGUGAAAUGUAUUUGACGGGCCUAGAAGGAAAAGGGGUGGAAUCCACUGGAUAGCGAAUCAUGACUUUUUAAUUUUAAAAUGCGAUUUUAUUAAUUAGACAUAUAUUUACUGGUUUGUUUGUUUGAGUUUUUUCCUUUUUUUUUUGGUUGUGAUGCUAGCUGAAUAACAUAAAGCAUCCCAUGGACAUUAAGUUGCCCACGCUUUAAAAAAAAAAAACCAACCAAAAACAAAAGUGCAUACUCACCACUGCUGCUUUCAAAACAUUUCCAGAUUGAGGCCUCAACUGUGGGGCGGUACAGGAAAUUACUGAAUCCCACUCACUUUGUGGGAUGCAACCUGGAAUCCAGGCUGCCCAUUAGAAGUCGCUGCAUUUCAGCCACACACACUCUAAUCACAUCCAUUACAUUAUUUAUCUUCAUACCCACAAUCUCUUUUGUCUCAUUUAACCGCUUCUCUCGUUCUCGCUCUGCAUCUGCCCUUGUAGCUCUUUUUAUUAAAACCAUCGACAUAAUCCAUCUGCAUUCCUUUCCUCUUUCUUGCAAUCACUUCUAGACUC